GCAUGCGUACUAAACAAGUACAGUGAGUAACAGCUCUGUUAUGAGAGCGGACGAAUAAAAACAAGCUAAUAUAUAUAUUUUUUAAAAAAUAAUAACAAUAAGAGAGGACUGGCUUCAAGUCGUUUGACAGCGCUGAUAUUUCGGUUGCGAAUUCAAAACAAUGGUGCAGUCCUGUUCGGCGUACGGAUGUAAAAACAGAUAUCAUAAAGAUAAGGACAUUUCGUUUCACAAAUUCCCUCUGGCGAGACCUGACCUCUGCGGGAAAUGGGUGGCGGCAAUGAAGAGGCGCAAUUUCAAACCAACGAAAUACAGCAACAUCUGCUCACAGCACUUUACCAAAGACUGCUUCAAACGGGAGUGCAACAACCGGGUGCUGAAGGAGAACGCCGUGCCUUCCCUGUUUCAUUUCAACAAGUUACAAAUGAAGGCUGAAUCGCUAGAGGAAGCCAUCACUCAAGAGCUGAGCUUCUCCCUGCCUUCACCUAGCACACACACCCUGGAAUCUGACGUCCCGCAAACCCCAGACCCCCGACCCUCCCCUCCAACCUCCACCUCCGUACCGGCUCCGUCUCCAUCCGCCCCUCUGAAAGAGGAGGACCCUCUGAGAGCGAGCGCCUUCGUCUCCUGCGACCACAACUACACGGUGGACGACAUCGUGCAGCAGAAGAAGCGGGUGGAGCAGCUGGUGGAGCAGCUGAACAAACUGCGCAGGAAGCUGAAGACGCUGCGGCAGAAGUGCAGGAGGCAGGAGAGGCAGCUGGAGCGCUUCCGAGCCAUGGAGGAGAUCUCCAAAAGCGGGAACGACCAGGAGCUCGGGCAGAGCUACGUCCUCCUGCCCAGAGAACUCCUCACCACACUUAAAGGCAUUCACACCGUCGAGGGUUUGUGAGACACGCAGGACUGCGCACAGACGCAAACGGGCGAGUUUGGUAUAUUUUCAGAGGCUUUGUGUUAUGGACAGCGGGCGAGUAAUGGAUUAAUCGAGUACACGUUAACAAUCUAGUAGGCAAAUGCAGAUCUUUUUUUCUAUAAUGGCCAGAUCUUUUUUUUAAUGGUUUACGGUAUUAACAUGAUUUAUAUUUGCUUUUUUUUUUUAUAUCUGAUUCUGUGUUCAUUGCUGAAGAUAGAAAACAGCUGUCUUUAUGCUGUUAUCCUUUAUCUCCUUGAACGUAACACAACAGUAGUGACUUUACUUGCCAUGGCAGACCUGUCAAUCUUCACACUUUAAUGUCUGAGUACUCGUUAUCUCUCUACGAGUUAUCUCUCAAAAAUAUCAGCAAAAAGCAGUUUUCUUUUUGCAGCAAAUGAAAUGAUUAGAACUCUCCGAUAUUAACUGACAUCCCGGAAUCUCCGCCCCCUUCCCCUAACAGUAGUAACGUUUGCCAGUGCUUUCGCCUCGACUCGAUUUUUCCGUUUGAUAAAUGCAGCGUUUGCUGUCUGUGACUGUAAGUGGAGAAUAUUUCGAGGUCAUUAAUGUGAAAUAAAGUCUAUCAGAAUAUAUUUGACUCAGACACAAUUAGACAGCUAACGUUUGACAAGUAUAUAUUUAAUGUCACUAAAUAUUUUUGGUCACGAAGCACUUUUGCAAAGAGGAAAGAAAGGCUGGAAAAUUUGAGUGACAAAAAAAUGCUUAAAUGUUAGCUUACAGUGACGUGCCAGAUUUAUCACUUUUUUUUAAAUCUGGUGAAAUAUUUAAAAAUCAGAAAGUGCUGAAAAAUGCUGUUUGCUCUCGUUUCUAAGCGAUUUGUAAAAGGACUAUGUGCUAUCCUUCAUUAGUCCUUAAUUAUUGCAAGUAAUAUAAAUGGUCAAAUAGUCAACGUUAAGAUUGUAAUAGUGAAAAAAAUCAGCUAGUGGAUAACCGUUGCACUUUAUCUUCUUCAAAUCAAAUCUGGAAACAGAAAUCAUAUUUUCUUUUUUUUUUGUAAUAUUUUUUCUGUUCAUUUUGCUUUAUUUCUUAGAUUUGGUGUUACCAUGUUCCAGGAUAUAUCUACAUCUCCUUUCUAAUAUUCUGUCAUUUUUUUUUCUAUUCGUACAGAUGUUUCAAAAAUCACGGAAGAUCCAAACACGUCGUACAAAAGAAUGCAGUAGUAUUUGAGUCUUUUUUUUUUUUUUCUUUUUUUUUUUUUUUAAUAAGAAAGUCCCAGAGUUCUGUUGGAGCGCUGUACACAUUUUACUUUAAAUAAUCCAUUCCUUUACAUCUCAGAGUACUCGACUACAAAAUUACUCGACCGGCCUGUCUGCUUUGCUUUGUGUUGUUUUCGAAAUUCUGUGCUGCUUUCUUUGUUCUAUAAUAUAUAAUAUAUAAUAUUACAUGUUCAAUUUAAAUAGGUUAUAGUGCUGGAUUGUUCAUAUAUUUUCCACAAAACAUUCAACAAAUUUUUAUUUUUUUUUUGCACAGUUUCAGUUUAACUUUGACAGUUGGUGCACAUAAAGUACAAUAUGAACUAACCUCUGUUGAAAAAUCUGCAUAUAAAUAUCUGAUAUGGAUUAAAUAAUCAAGUGAGUGAAACAGAUAACACAUCUUAAAGGAGCGGUUUGUAAUUUUUUAGAAGUUUCUAGACCUGUAAUAAUUUUACAAUCGUAAAGACACCGCAGAAAAACUAUUAUUCAUAAUAUUACCGUUUAAUAAUUCUGGAUAAUUGGUUUAUUUCAAGCUUCUGUUUUAUAUUUUUCUGGCCCUGAAAAUAAUGCAGCAUCACAGCUGAGUAGAUGAAAUAUUUUGCUUUUUCCAUAAAAGGCAACUCAUAAGACAUUUGAGAGACACGUGAUGAGGUUGGAUGGAUGGAGGGAAAAGCUUGUUGUGUUUUUGAAAAUUGCUGUUCUCCUCUCAGGCAGCGCCAUGAUGGUGCUAAAAUGUUACAAACCGCUCCUUUAAAAUGAGGUGCAAACCUGUUGGAGUGUGAUAAAUAUGAUUUUCUCAUCCAGUUGCUGUUUUUUUCUGAGAUAUAAUACUUGACCUUUAGCUAUACAUUGAUAUCUCAUAUGCUGGAAAAUACUUAAAGAUUCCAUGACAAUGCUGAUAUUUGUGAUGAGUCCUGAUUCAUACAAAUGUAUGCAGGUGUUUGUUUUUCUUUCCUUAAUAUAUUGUUUGUAAAAUGGUGGACUGUAGCGACGUGCUGACCGGAGAACCUUCUGGCUCUCGUGGCUCAUAUGAACACUUAUUAAUAAACAUCAUGAUUUUUUUUUUUUUUUUUCACAGGAACAGAUGAUUCACAGACGUUUUCAGAAACAUCACUUGUUCUCUGAGCAAACUGGAACACAUUUCCAAGGGCUUUACCUGUGCUCGUAAUGUUUUACACAUAAUCAUUUAUGGUUAUUGUUCCUUAAUAAUGUUUAACUGAAUGAAAGCCAUAUACACAUAUACUUGAUCUUUGGUUAGGAGAGGUUGUUUGAAUCACAGCUGCCUUACAGUCUCUGUGCAAUCUCUUGUGUGGACUGACUCAAUACAACAUGCUUAAGAUUUA